AACACUUGCCUAAAUAUAUUUUCUUUUCCAAAACCAAACGAUGUCGUUUAUUCGUAUUCUGUCUGGUAAGUGUCCGUUUCACGUUUCACGUGCCAAAUUUCAAUAUGGCGUCUGUGCUCCGAUCUCUCGAUUUAGCUGCAAGUGCGGCAAGUUCUCAGCAAAAAAUGACAAGAACAGAUUGGAUGAAAGAAAAGAAUUAGAAGAAGCUAGAAAGGCAGGAACUGCACCAGCUUUGCAGGAUGAAACAGGAAAAGACAUCAACCCUCAUAUUCCUCAAUAUAUUUCGGAUGCACCUUGGUACUAUGGAGCAUCUGGACCAACUCUCAAGCAUCAAAGGCCACAGGAAGAAAGGCAAAAACAGUUUGCGAAAAUUGAUGCAUCGUAUAAACGUGGCUUGAAAGAGACUGCAGCGAUAAAAUUUCGAAAGGGAGCCUGUGAAAACUGUGGUGCGAUUACUCACAAGAAAAAAGACUGUCUUGAGCGUCCUAGACGUGUAGGUGCUAAAUUCACCGGUGAAGAUAUAAAACCCGACGAAUAUGUCCCUGAACAACAUAGCUUUGACUACGAUGGCAAAAGAGACAGAUGGGUUGGAUAUGAUCCUGAAGAACACCAAAGGGUGCUAGAAGAAUAUCAAAAAUGGAAAUGGCGUACGGGACAGGGCAGUUGGAAAGUUGGGCAAAUUUUAACGGGCGAAAUUACGGCGGGACCUCUUUGUGAAUUGGGAAAAUUUCUUACUCCCUCUCCAGAAAUGAUAGCUCCCGCGAAACAACAGCUGAAAUCGGAUAAACUGCAUCAAGAUUUAAUGGACGGAAAGAAAGUUGAGGAAAAAGAGAAAUUAAGUGACGAUGACGAUGACGAUGAGGAUAAAUAUGCUGAUGAUGUCAUUAUACCUGGACAGAAGUUUGACAGUAAGAGGUGA